AUGACUGGAAGAUUCGUAUUACAGUCUUUGUAUUGUAGCUUUACAAGAAAAGUACCUUUAAAACACAGUUUCCUGCCGUCAAAUCGGUUAUACGUCGGUAUAUUUCGAGUUUCAAGUAAUGAAUAUUGUACCAUAACAGAGCCCCAGUUUGUUGAGAAAAAACAUUGUAAUAUUGGGACUAUUGGGCAUGUAGAUCAUGGGAAGACUACGCUCACUGCAGCUAUAACUAAAGUAUUAGCUAAAGAUGGGUUGGCGCAGUACGUAUCGUACGAUGAAAUCGACAGAGCGCCGGAAGAAAAAGCUAGAGGUAUAACUAUAAACGCAGCGCACAUUGGCUACAGCACAAAGCUACGUCACUAUGCACACACAGACUGUCCCGGUCAUGCAGACUUUAUACGCAACAUGAUAUCAGGAGCUUCACAAAUGGAUGCUGCAGUAUUAGUGGUAGCGGCCAAUGAUGGACCAAUGCCCCAAACUAGAGAACAUCUCCUAUUGGCUAAACAAGUUGGCAUACAGUAUAUCAUUGUGUUCAUUAAUAAGGCUGAUUUGGUUGAUGGUGAGUUGUUGGAGCUAGUAGAAAUAGAAAUGAGAGAGCUACUAUCAGACUUUGGCUAUGAUGGCAACACAGUACCUAUGAUUUGUGGCUCAGCAAUGAAGGCUCUGAAUGGAGAUGAGACGGAAUUCGGCGCGCCAUCAAUACGGAAACUCCUUUCAACGAUGGAUGAAUACGUGCCCCCUAUAGUAAGGGAUUUAUCAUCCCCCUUCCUAAUGCCCAUAGACAACGCGUUCACAGUUCCCGGCAGAGGAACAGUUGUCGUUGGCACAAUCAAAAGAGGUAUUAUGAAGAAAAAUGCAGAGGCCGACCUUUUGGGUUUUGGGCAGAAUAUUAAAACUACAAUUUCGGACGUACAGAUAUUCAAGAAUAGUGUGCCUGAGGCCUUGGCUGGCGACAACGUAGGCGUUCUACUGCGCGGUAUGAAGAUGAAGUCAGUGCAAACUGGAAUGCUCCUAACAGCGGCUAAGAGUUGUUUCCUAACUAAUCAUUAUAAGGCGAAGAUCUAUUUCCUAACGAGAAACGAGGGAGGCAGAAGAAAACCUAUAUUCUCUAGGUAUUCCCAGCAAAUGUUUAGUGGUACUUGGAAUAUUGCUGUCAGAAUUGAUUUGGAACCAACGCAACAGAUGAUGAUGCCAGGCGAUCACGGAGAAGUAUACCUAACUCUUUUAGAAGACAUGGUCAUGACUGUAGGCCAGCCUUUUACAGUCCGAGAAAACAAUGUCACCGUUGCAACAGGCAUUAUAACUGAAACACUAUCCUCUAUCAAUGUGCCCAAAGGAAAAUUAGGGAAAGUUGUACUGAAGUUUAAUGAUUAA